AUGGGCCUGCUUCCAAAGACGCUGGCGGAGUUCUGGGGCGCGCACGCUGCAGCGUGGGCCGCCACCACCGCCUUCUUUGCCGUCAGCGUCAGCGUCGGUGGCGGCGCUGGCUGGGUCCUGUCGGCGCUGCUCAGCGCGCUGUCCGCCACAAGCCUGUCGCUGGCGGUGCUCCUCGGGCGGAACCGGGAGGAGGCCGGCGUUGCGCUGUCGCUAACCGCGAGCGCCUACUUUACCGGCACGUCCGCGCUGCUCCACGCCGCCGCGGCGACCGUCGCGACGGCGGCGGCUGGCACCGCGUGGCUCGGACUGAUGCGGCGGCUCCGCACGUGGCAUGCGCUGCUCGCCGCCGGCUCGCUGGGGUUCGCCAUCAAGGCGGCGAACAAGGACCGCGCCUUUGGUGGCGCGGCGGGCACCCGCGGCCUGCCGCUGCCGACGCUCGCCCUCAUCAACAGCGCGGCCGGCGCCAAGAUGGGUGAGGCACUGGCCGCGGCCGACGGCGGCGAGGCCCCUCUCGAGGUGGUCAACCUGGAGGACGUGCCGCCGCGCGAGGCGCUGCGCUCGUUUGGCGAGCGCCACCCGCAGUACCGCGUCCUGGUCUGCGGCGGAGACGGCUCCGUGGCGUGGGUGCUCGGCGAGGUGGAGCAGCUCGACGCGCCCUACCGCCCCGCGGUGGCCAUCCUGCCGCUCGGCACCGGGAACGACAUGUCGCGCGUCCUCGGCUGGGGAAAGUACUUCCGGCCGCAGUCGCUCCGCGCGCGGCUCGCGGCGCUCUCCCUCUCGCGCGUGGCCCUGCUCGACCGGUGGGGCGUGGCCGGCUCGCUGCCCGACGGGAGGGAGCAGCUCGUGAUGAGCAACUACCUCUCCAUCGGGGUGGACGCGCGCGCCAGCCUCAACUGGGCGCGGCUCAAGGCUGCUGCGCCGGCCCUCUUCUCGCUGCGGCUGCUGGCCAAGCUGUGGUACAUCGUGCUCGGCACGCCCGAGCUGCUGCUGCGCUCGCACCGCGACCUGCCCAGCCGGCUCACACUCACCUGCGACGGGCAGCGCAUCCCGCUCCCGCGCCGCUGCCAGGGCCUCAUGGCUCGCCUGCCUAGAUGCGGAACGAGGCGCUGUGGCUUCCGGCGCGCGCAGAGGCAGAGGCGCCGCUCGCACAGCCUCAUCGCGUGGCGUGCUGCGCCGCAGGUUUGCAACACGCCCUCGUACGGAGGCGGCUCCGACCUGUGGGACCCGACGCAGGGCGCGCCGCUGCCGUCGCGGGAUCGGAUGCAGACGGAGGCGGUGCCGCCGGCGGCGGACGACGGCGUCCUCGAGAUCGUCUGCGUGACCGGCGUCUUCCACCUCGCGCAGACCCUCGCCGGCUUCUCGAAUGCGGUGCGGCUGGCGCAGGGGCGCGAGGUGUCGAUCGAGGUGGACGGCGAGCCGUUCGGCGUCGCCAGCAGCGGGGUGAGCAGCCUCGGCCCCUUCAGCCUCACGCUGCGCCGCCUCGGCACCUCCCUCAUGCUGCGCGCCCCCGCCGGCGGCAUCGACGCCGCGGACGGCGAGGCCGGGCCGAGCGCCGUCGAGGGGGCGAUGGCCGACGGGCUGAUCAGCCACGAGGCGGUGGCGAGGCACGCAGAGCUUGACGCGCGCUGCCUGACGGCCACGGCUUGGUCGCUGGCGGUCCUGGACAUGGGAGGAAACGGGGAGCGAGGCACGGGCGGCGCGGCGCGGUUUGCGCGCCGGUUCGGCGGCUGGCUCGACUCGCGCGCGGCCGAGCUGUCGCACGAGAGCCUCUGCCAGCUGCACCAGUGGCGGCUUUGGCGCGCAGAGGAGCGGCGGCGGAGCGACGGGCUGCCUUCGGCGCCGCUGCUCGCCCAGGCCGCCGCCGCCUUUGGAGCGACGCGCACGCGACAGUGGCCCGAGGAGGAGGUGCGAUUGCCGUGCGGCUACACGCUCGACUGGCUCGUGCAGUGGCGCGGCGUCUCGCUCGGCGUCGAGGUGGACGGCCCGCGCCAUUUCCUCGGCAGGCGGCCGAGCGGCGCUACGGCCCUCAAGCGGCGGCAGGUCCGCGCCUUCGGCACGCCGCUGGUCAGCAUCCCGUACUGGGAAUGGGACGGGCUGCGGGACGGGGGCGCCCGCGUCGCGUUCCUGCGACGGGCGCUCGAGCGCGAGGCCACCAGCAAGGGCGCCGAGGGCGGGUCGGGUGCGAGGGGGCUGGACGGGAGAACGUCCAGCGCUGCAGGCGGGUGA